AUGCUGAAAUCUAUUAGGUUGUUCUAUAUUUCACCACGCCACCACUUCUCUUUUUCUUUUGAUCUUUCUCUCUAUUUCUCUUCUUUGAAGACCAAACCUUUUUUAUUCAACGUUUUGAUUUUUUUCUUUCAUCUAACUUCGGCUUUUCUCUCAAACUGUGCUCUACAAAUUUUUUCUCUUUCUGUUAAAAAAUCUUAUCCACUUUUAAUCAACCAUUCUAUCUAUCUCUUUCUUGCUCCCUCUCCCUCUCUCUCUCUCUCUCCUUCUCUCUCAUAUCUAUCUAUCAUUCAUUCUAUCAUUUACCAUUUUCAUUCUAAUUUUUCUUCACUUGUUCAUCUUUUGUAUACUUCUUUUGCUUAUAACCUUAUCCUUUUCUCGCUAAUAUCCUUAUUAAAACUAUUCUUUCAAUUCUUUCUUUCUCUCUCUCUUUCUUUUCCAUUCUUUCUCUCGUCUUCUUUUUCUCUUUCAUUUGACAUCUUUCCUAUAUUCCUUUUUCUUGUAUGCAUCCCUCUCUCUCUCUCUCUCUCUCUCUCUCUUCUCUCUCUCUUUCUCUCUUUCACUUUUCCCUUUUUCUCAUCCCAUCUCUCUUUGCCCCCUCUCUCUCUCUCUCUCUCUCUCUCUCUCAAUCACUCUUUCUCUUCUUUCCUUUUUGUUUUCUCCUUUUAUGCAUCUAUCACUAUAUCUAGUUAUCACACUCCCUUUCACCGUCAACACAUCACUAAUCUCCCUCGGUCUUCAACACUCCCUCCCACCAAUCCGACGCGUAAAUCGAUUAGUGCUGACCGGCCCAGCCCAGCCGAUCAGCCACCAAUUAGACUCGCAUUUCACUUUCAGACGAAACAAGGGCAAAAUUUAAAAUGA